UGUUCCACACUCCACCGAACUGGAAGCAAGGAAGCCCUUUAUCUUCUGUGCAGAAGUCUAAUGGGUCAACUCCAGAAGUAUCAGAAAUUCACACUCCAGAGGAAUCUGGGGAAAUGACAAUGUCUCCUUUAAAUCUAUCAGUCCAGAAAAUUUAUGACAAUCAAGAUGUUGAAUCCCCCAUCCUGAAAAAAGUAUCUCAGAUUUCUGCUGUUGGUGGUCGAUAUGAAUUGAAGGUUCCCAGAAGAGGGAAUUCCGCAUCAGAUGAGACUGUAGGGGAAAAUAGUUCACUGGUAACAGGUGAAAUUGGGGGAAUGGAAAAAAUAAUAAACGAUCCGAAAACAAAAUCAGAUUGCAUCAAGACACAUUCAGGAACCAAGAGGCUUAUGAGGACUCCCAAUAAAGAACCAGAGCUGGCAGUGGCUGAGGCCCUUUCAGGAGUCAAGAAGCUGCUCAGGACCCCCAAGCAAAAGCCAGAGCCAGUUGAAGCUCUUUCAGGAGUCAAGAGGUUGCUCAAGACCCCCAAGCAAAAGCCAGAGCCAGUUGAAGCUCUUUCAGGAGUCAAGAGGCUGCUCAAGACCCCCAAGCAAAAGCCAGAGCCAGUUGAAGCUCUUUCAGGAGUCAAGAGGUUGCUCAAGACCCCCAAGCAAAAGCCAGAGCCAGUUGAAGCUCUCUCAGGAGUCAAGAGGCUGCUCAAGACCCCCAAGCAAAAGCCAGAGCCAGUUGAAGCUCUUUCAGGAGUCAAGAGGUUGCUCAAGACCCCCAAGCAAAAGCCAGAGCCAGUUGAAGCUCUCUCAGGAGUCAAGAGGCUGCUCAAGACCCCCAAGCAAAAGCCAGAGCCAGUUGAAGCUCUUUCAGGAGUAAAGAGGUUGCUCAGGACUCCCAAGCAAAAGCCAGAGCCAGUUGAUGCUCUUUCAGGAGUCAAGAGGCUGCUCAAGAACCCCAAGCAAGACCCAAAAUUGGUUGACGUAUUUUCAGGAGUCAAGAACCCACUCAGGACCCCCAAGCAAGAUCCAGAGCCAGUUGAGACCCUUUCAGGAGUCAAGAGCCUACUCAGGAACUCUGGGCAAAAUCCAGAGUCAGUUGAGGCUAUUUCUGCAGUCAAGAGCCCACUCAGGACCCCCAAGCAAAAUCCAGAGCCAGUCAAGGCCCUUUCAGGGGUCAAGAGCCCAUUCAGGACCCCCAAGCAAGAUCCAGAGCCAGUUGAGACCCUUUCAGGAGUCAAGAGCCUACUCAGGAACUCCGAGCAAAAUCCAGAGUCAGUUGAGGCUAUUUCUGGAGUCAAGAGCCCACUCAGGACCCCCAAGCAAAAUCCAGAGCCAGUCGAGGCCCUUUCAGGAGUCAAGAGUCCACUCAGGAACCCCGACCAAAAGCCAGAGUCAGUUGAGGCUAUUUCUGGAGUCAAGAACCCACUUGGGGCACCCAAGCAAAGCCCAGUCCCAGUUGAGGUCCUUUCUGGAGUCAAAAGGCUGCUCAGGACCCCCAAGCAAAACCCAGAGCCAGUUGAGUUCCUUUCUGGGGUCAAGAGGCUGCUCAGGACCCCUAAGCAAAACCCAGAACUGGUCAAUGCUCUUUCAGGAGUCAAAAAACUGUUCAGGACCCCCAAGCAAAAUCCAGAGCCAGUCAAGGCCCUUUCAGGGGUCAAGAGCCCACUCAGGACCCCCAAGCAAGACCCAGAGCCAGUCAAGGCCCUUUCAGGAGUCAAGAGCCUACUCAGGAACUCCGAGCAAAAUCCAGAGUCAGUUGAGGCUAUUUCUGGAGUCAAGAGUCCAGGCAGGAACCCCGACCAAAAGCCAGAGUCAGUUGAGGCUAUUUCUGGAGUCAAGAUCCCACUCGGGACCCCCAAGCAAAGCCCAGUCCCAGUUGAGGUCCUUUCUGGGGUCAAGAGGCUGCUCAGGACCCCUAAGCAAAACCCAGAACUGGUCAAUGCUCUUUCAGGAGUCAAAAAACUGCUCAGGACCCCUAAGCCAGAGCCAGUUGAGACCCUUUCUGGAGUCAAGAGGCUUCUUAGGGCACCUAAUCACAAAGCAGAGCCUGUCAAAGAUGGCGUUUGCUCCAAACUUUUGAAUAGUGCAGGAUUGUUUAGUCUUAAUAAUGUUACAAAAGACCAAAAGGAAGUAAUAGGGUUUGUGGAAGGUAUCGAAGGAAUUCAAAGUCUAUUGAGGACACCUAAGCAAAAAUUUGAACCAGUGGAAGAUAUGAUUGGUAUUUCCAGGAUACUGAAGACACCAAAGCAAAAGUUUAUGCCAGUUGAUGACUAUUUGGGAUUGCAAAAACUUAUGGCUGAACCUAAGCAAAAUUCUCUCAGUGCUGAAAUAGACUACACAGGAGUUAAAGAACUAUUGGGACCUGAAGAUGGAUAUCUGGUCAAAUUAUCAGAAGCUGUGAAUAAGCCACAUGAGAUUUCCAGUGAUGAAUUUGAGUGCAAAGAAGAUGGUCCUGAAAGAGAAGAGUCUUGGCAAGAAACAGGACUGGAAGAUUCAUUUGAAAAAAAAUCUCCAAAUGCAAUGCCAAGGAGGCCUGAUGAUGGUCAUGAUUACUUGGGACACACUUCAUGUAGCUCACUUAGUGACGUAAAAGGGGGACAUGUAGAAAGCAUUGCAACAGUUCAGCUUGUAUCAGAAAAAUACAACUCAGAUGGAAUGGAUUUCCAAAGUGGAGCUGUUGUUGAUUUUUUUGAAUCAUCUGCACAGCAGGGAGAUCCAGUGAAAAUAAAUGCAGAAAUACCAGAACCAUUGGCUUCAGUUAAAAAACCUAGAAAAGAGAAAGCUGGUGAAUCCAGUUUUACAGAAGAACAUGAUACAACUAAGAUACCAAGGAAAACAAGAAACACCAGCAGAGCCAAGUUAGCUAACCGUAUGCAAACUGAUGAAAACUUUGAUAAGGUUCCUGAAACUAGUCAACCGAAAGAAUCAGAAAGUGACCUCUCAGCACUUAAAAAUGAGAUAACAGAAGAAUUAAGGAAAAAAUCUAUGGAAAAAGAUGGUAAUAUGGCCUUCAAUAACAUAAAACAUGCUCAGGAACUAUUGGGACUUCCAAAACAAAUGUCAGUUGAAACACAGCCAUCUGUUAACGGGAGAAGGGUGGUGGAUAAACUAAGUAGGCAAGCUGAAGAAAGCUUGCAUUUAGAAGAAAAUGCAACAAACCAAGAAUAUACAAAUCAGUUCAUUUCAAAAACAUCUCUGAGAUCCAGAAAUCAGAAAAACAAAGAUGAACCAAAGUCUGAAUUUACAAAACCAAAUCCCCAAGAAAAAAUGCAAAGCUUAAACCUUGAAACUUCAAAGAGAAACUCUGGAAAUCAGCAACUUAAAAGAAAUACAAGGCGGAGAAAAGCUACGGCAGUAGAAACAGAAGUGGAAGCAGUUGAGAGUGAAAAACACAUGUUGCCUAAAAUUUGUGAACUGGAAACUCUGGAGAAUCAUCCAACAGAAAUGAAGGAUGGUGCAGUGAAGAGGAGAAAGGUUUGUUUUCUGCUUGAGAGUGGUACUUCUGAAACUCUUGAAGAGAAAUGUGUGUUUGGUGGCAAGGGUGGUACGCAACAAAAACAAUACAAUGCAUUUUCUGAAAGAAACACUUCCCCUGUAAAAGAGAAUACAUCACAAAAGAACAAAAAGAAAGCAGCUCCUGUUGUAUCACCAGCACUUUGCAUCUCGUUUUCUUCAGAGAAGCAGGCAUUAGCAGAGAUCUCUAAAGAGAGGGGAAACUUUACUCUGGAAAACAAGGACCCAGCCAGUUUUGCUCAAGGAGAGUGUUUACAAAAAAUUAACUUUGAUGAGAAUUUGAAUGAAACCCAAGUGAUAGCCUGGGAAAAUAUGCAACUAUCUGUUGAGCAUAGUGCACUAAAAAGACAAAAGGUAGCAGUAGCAAAGAAGAACCCACCUAGGAGAGGUAGAAGCAGAACAACUUCUCCUGAGCCACCCACUGAGAAUGGAAGUAAAGUGAUUCAUAAAAUUGAAAAGCAGCCUAUGAGUGUUGAAAAUGCUAAUUUUUCAAAGGAAAACCAACCAAAAAGAGGUAGAGGGAGAAAGAUUGCCCCUGUAUCCCAAACACUGGGAACACUUACUGCUCCUGAAGAGGACUUAUCAACUGACAGCUCUGUUUUUGUUCAAGGAGAGUGUUUGCAAGGCACUCAGAAUGAAAAUAAGUUUCACGAAGUCCACAAAGCAUGCUUGGACAAUACUCAGGCUGUUGUAGAACACAUUCUACCAAAGAGACAAGAGGUAGCAAGAGGGAAUUUGCUUCAUAAUAGCAGAAGUAAGCAAGGAGUUUCACAUGAACCAGCCAUGGAAAAUGAUAGAAAGAAUCCUGAUGUUGAAAACCAAGAUAUGGUUGCUGAAAAUGCUUUUACUGAAAAAGAGAAUCAACCAAAAAGGGGUAGAAGGAGAAAGUUUGCCUCUGUGACCCAGACCCAGGAAAACCUUACUGUUCCUGAAGAGGACACAUCAACUAGUAGACUCAGUUAUGCUCAAGAAAAGGGUUUGCAAGAUAUUCAGAAUGAAGGGAGUUCUACUGAAACCCAGAAGGUAGUCUUGGACAAUACUGAGUCUUCUGUAGAACACAUUCUACCAAAAAGGCAAAAGAUGGCAAGGGGGAAUCUGCCUCAGAGAGGUAGAAGAAAGCAAGCAGUUUCUGAUGAACGACCCACAGUAAAGGAUAAUAAAAACACACCUGAUGUCAUAAACCAAGAUAAGGUUGUUGAAGAUACUUUUACUGUAAAAGAGAAUCAGCCGAAAAGGGGCAGAGGGAGAAAAGCUGCUGUGCCCCAAAUACUUGAAAGUGACAAUUUCCCACUAUCAAGCAAAAACAAAAAUGGAGCAGAAGAGCAAGCUGGAGCUUUAAAAAUGGCAACUACUUUGAGUAAGAAUCUUAAAGAGGACACAUCAAUUGGUAGGUUCAGUUUUACUCAAGAAAAGUGUUUACAAGACACUCAAAAUGAAGAGCAUUCUAAUGAAACCCAAAAGGUAGUCUUGGGCAAUAUUGAGUCCUCUGUAGAACACAUUCUACCAAAAAGGCAAAAGGUGGCAAGAGGGAAUCUGCCUCAGAGAGGCAGAAGAAAGCAAGUAGUUUUUGAUGAACGACCCACAGAAAAGGAUAAUAAAGACACACCUGAUGUCGUAAACCAAGAUAAGGUUGUUGAAGAUACUUUUACUGUAAAAGAGAAUCAGCCAAAAAGGGGUAGAGGGAGAAAAGCUGCUGUGCCCCAAAUACUUGAAAGUGACAAUUUCCCACUAUCAAGCAAAAACAAAAGUGGAACAGAAGAGCAAGCUGGAGCUUUAGAAAUGACAACUACUUUGAGUAAGAAUGUUAAAGAGGACACAUCAAUUGGUAGGUUCAGUUUUGCUCAAGAAAAGUGUUUGCAAGUUACUCAAAAUGAAGAGCAUUCUAAUGAAACCCAAAAGAUAGUCUUGGGCAAUAUUGAGUCUUCUGUAGAACACAUUCUACCAAAAAGACAAGUGUCAAGAAGAAAUCUGCCUCAGAGAGGCAGAAGAAAGCAAGUAGUUUUUGAUGAACGACCCACAGAAAAGGAUAAUAAAGACACACCUGAUGUCAUAAACCAGGAUAUGGUUGUUGAAAAUGCUUUUACUGUAAAAGAGAAUUUGCCGAAAAGAGGUAGAGGGAGAAAAGUUGCCGCUGUACCCCAGGUACUUGAAAAUGACCAUUUCCCACUAUCAAGCAAAGACAAAAGUGGAGUAGAAGAACAAGCUGAAGCUUUGGAAAUGACAAUUACUGCAAAUAGUUCAUCCCAUAGGGGCAGAUGCAAAAAAAGCUCAGUUCCUGCUGGUAAAAAACCUAGCAUGGUUGAUAAUGUUAACCAGAAAGAAAUGGCUAGUGAGUUAAAAGAUGUGACAAAAGAAAAUGUAUCCAAAAAACUACCUGUUCAUGAAGCCUCAACAGAAACAAAUAUCCAACAAAGAGCUACUGGUAGCAAGUUAACACAUGUAAAAUGCAAAAAGGUGUCUGCAGAUUCUCUCUUUGAAAACCAGUCAAAGAGGAGUCGAGGGAAAAAUAUUGUUCUGGCAUUCCAAACACCUACCUCUCCUGCCCUCAAAAUAAGCAUCACUUUGCCGUCAUCAGACAAAAAUGAAACUGCCAGGGAAAAUCAAAACUUAUAUACAGAAAAUAAUGCUACUGGAAAAGAAAAUUUAUCAGUAAAUGGCAGAAGAAAUAAGAAAAUAGUGCCUCGUUCCACAUCUGCCAGAAGAAAAUGCAAGCUUCCUGAAGAGAAGGAUGAGUGUCAGGAUAAACCAAAUGUAGAUAUGGAAAAGACAGGUAUAUCAAAUGACAAACAGAAGAGAACAGUGAGAAAAGUUGGUGCCUCUAAAACAACCUUUUCUGAAGAAAAAUGUGGAUUGCCUGAAAGCAGUGAUGGUAUUCUUAAGGAUCAACAAGUGAUUAUGGCAAAUACGAUUUCUGAGAUGGAAGAUGCCUCACAGGGUAGGAGAAAGCGAGUUCUUAAGGGAAAGAACUUACUAAAACACAGUGACCAAAACAACAGUAACCAAAAGAAUGAUCUAGAAAUCACACUUCCUCAGGGAAAAGAAAAUUCAUCUAAACGAGGAAGAAGGGACCGAGUCAGCACUGAAGCACACAGAACUAUAUCUGGCAUGAAGCAAUGCCCCUAUGCAGAAAAGAUGACAUCAGCGCCUGAAGCAGAGAAUAGUGGAAGUACAUUACAGAGAGGAGGAAGAAGAAAGAAAAUGAAAGAAGAGCAUAUCUUAGCUACCACUGAGUCUGCUAUAGAAACUCAAACCAAGAUGAAGGCAAAUAGAAGAACAAGAAAACGAGUAUUGUAAUCUUUGAUAGUGGGCUCUGUAAUUUUUCUUCAGAGUAAAUGGAUGCACUUCCAAGAUUGUUUAAUGCACAGUUGUAAAGUAUAAUCUGGAUUUAGAUGAAUACAUUCUACUUUGCAGAACAUACUUCUUGCUAGUAGUUGACAUUGAAAUUGUCAUGCAAAGCUGUGUAAAUUAAUUCUUAAAUAUUUUGUAGGAAAUAAGCAGCAGGGAUAAGGGAAUUGUCUUAAAUUUAGAUUUUCUUUUAAAUAUAAAAUGUUGUUAAAGUUCUAUAUUUGUUUAAAAUUAAACCUUUUAGUAAUAA